CCCAAAAAAAACUCAGUUGCCUCUGUAGCUUACGUGCUACUGGUGAAUUUCAUACCCACCCCACCCACUCAAAAUAUUCCACCACUCCAUCACCAGAACCUCUAGCCAAGAAACAAAACCUCACACAUUUCUUGUUUUAGUGUCUGCACAUAUAUAUUGGGGUUCUUGUCAUAUAAAGUUGAAAUUUUUCUAUUCCAUAAUUUAGUUUUAAGUAUGGAUAAUGCCCUUCCUUACAGGGAUUAGUGUCAUUAUUUAAGGUGAACCAAAAGGUGUGCUCAUAUAUUUUUGUCACCAUUUAUUCUAUUAAGCAAAAAACAGCUUAGCUCCAAUUCCCACCAACCUUUUUUUUCAUCUUUGUUUUUUUCUUCAUGGUGUUUUGUGUCUGUCCCUUAAAUGUUCUUUCCUGUGGGUCGUUCAAUUGCUCAGUCCACUCAUAAGGCCAAAGCUUUAUAAUUCUUGGAUUUUGUUGCAAUAUCUUCAACUAAAGGGAGUGCUGCUCAACCACUAGCCAUUUCAAGAUUUUGCCUAGUAUGAGCUUUUUUUCAAGUUCUUGAUUAGCCUAGUAAUGGAUAUUGAAAGUUGGGGUCAUGAAAAUCCAAUAAAGAAAGAAUCUUGGAGGACAGUUUUAACCUUAGCUUAUCAUAGUUUAGGUGUGGUGUAUGGAGAUUUGAGCACUUCACCUUUAUAUGUAUACAAGAGCACAUUUGCAGAGGAUAUUCAUCAUUCAGAGUCUAAUGACGAGAUAUUUGGAGUUUUGUCAUUUGUGUUUUGGACAUUAACUCUUAUUCCAUUGCUUAAAUAUGUGUUCAUUGUAUUAAGAGCUGAUGAUAAUGGUGAAGGUGGGACUUUUGCCUUGUAUUCCUUAUUGUGCCGUCAUGCCCGUGUUAGUACUUUGCCUAAUGGUCAAUUGGCUGAUGAGGAUUUAUAUGAGUACAAGAAUGAUAGGAAUUUGUCAGCUGAUAGAAUUGGAAUGAGCUUGAAAUCAACUCUUGAGAAACACAGAUUCUUGAAGAAAAUUUUGCUCAUUUUAGCUUUGAUUGGGACUUGUAUGGUUAUUGGUGAUGGAGUCCUUACUCCUGCAAUCUCAGUGUUCUCUGCUGUCUCUGGACUUGAACUUUCAAUGGCAAAGCAUCAUCACCAAUAUGUAGAAGUUCCAGUUGCUUGUGUGAUACUUGUGUUCUUAUUUUUUCUCCAACACUAUGGGACGCAUCGAAUAGGAUUUCUAUUUGCACCGAUUGUGAUUACAUGGCUUUUGUGCAUUAGUGCAAUUGGGGUGUACAACAUCUUCCACUGGAACCCCCAUGUUUACCAAGCAUUAUCUCCAUACUACAUGUACAAAUUCUUGAAGAAGACCCAAAGAGGAGGAUGGAUGUCCCUCGGUGGGAUUUUAUUAUGUAUAACAGGUUCAGAAGCUAUGUUUGCUGAUCUUGGACACUUUUCACAGCUGUCUAUUCAGAUAGCUUUUACGUUUGUUGUUUACCCAUCAUUAAUUCUUGCUUAUAUGGGACAAGCUGCGUAUCUUUCCAAGCAUCACGUUAUCCAAGGUGAUUACCACAUUGGGUUCUAUGUAUCAGUACCUGAAAAACUACGGUAUCCUGUUCUGGCUAUUGCUAUACUUGCUGCAGUGGUUGGAAGCCAGGCCAUCAUCACUGGGACGUUUUCCAUAAUCAAGCAAUGCUCUGCUUUGGGUUGCUUCCCAAGGGUCAAAAUAGUACAUACAUCGUCCAAAAUCCAUGGCCAGAUUUACAUUCCAGAGAUAAACUGGACAUUGAUGUUGCUAUGCUUGGCAGUUACUAUUGGCUUCCGUGACACGAAACACAUAAGCAAUGCAUCAGGUCUGGCAGUUAUAACUGUUAUGCUGGUCACGACGUGCUUUAUGUCUCUGGUCAUUGUCCUGUGCUGGCACAAAAACGUGUUACUCGCCAUUUGCUUUAUAUUCUUCUUUGGUUCCAUUGAAGCCCUCUACUUUUCAGCUUCCCUAAUCAAGUUCCGCGAAGGGGCCUGGGUACCGAUCGUUCUCUCUUUGAUAUUUCUAUUCGUCAUGUACAGUUGGCAUUACGGCACCCUGAAAAAGUACGAGUUUGAUGUUGAAAACAAAAUUCCCAUCAACUGGCUGCUCACCUUGAGUCCUAACCUGGGUAUUACACGGGUCCGUGGCAUCGGCCUCAUCCACACAGAGCUUGUUUCAGGAAUUCCAGCUAUUUUCUCCCAUUUCGUCACCAACCUACCUGCUUUCCACCAGGUUCUUGUUUUCCUUUGUGUCAAGUCCGUACCAGUACCUCAUGUGAGACCUGAAGAAAGGUUCUUGGUGGGAAGAAUUGGACCCAAAGAGUACCGCGUCUACAGAUGUAUAGCACGAUAUGGUUAUCGAGAUAUUCACAUGGACGACGUAGAGUUCGAAAAAGAUCUAGUUUGUAGCAUAGCGGAAUUCAUCCGCUCAGAGGGACCAGCACAGAGUUUUGAAGCUGUUGAAGGUAUAGACGACAACGAGAAACUGACAGUUAUUGGAACAACUUCAACACAUGUUGAUGGAGUAACAAUGUGCGAGGACGUAGACACUAAAGAUACAGAAAUGAUCGAGAUCAGUUCGCCAGAAAUGCCAAGGAAGAGAGUGAGAUUUCUGGUGCCAGAGAGUCCACAAAUGGAUUUAAGCGUUCGAGCUGAGUUGCAAGAACUGAUGGAAGCGCGAGAAGCAGGCAUGGCGUUUAUACUGGGACAUUGUUAUGUAAGAGCAAAGAGAGGUUCAAGUUUGAUAAAAAAACUGGUGGUUGACAUAGGAUAUGACUUUUUGAGAAGGAAUUGUCGCGGGCCAACCUAUGCAUUGAGUUUCCCUCGUGCUUCAACAUUGGAGGUUGGAAUGAUUUACCAUGUAUAAUUUGUGCUUUCCUUUUCUAUUUAAAGGAUAGAACUGUAGCAUAUGCUUUUUUUCUUCUUCUUACAUUUGUAUUUCAAAUGUGAAAGCUGUAAAUGUUGUGCUGGUACAUGAAUUUUGCUUUGUACAAUGCAAUACCACGAAAAAGAAUACUGAAUACUGAGCUUAGAGCUGCAUGUAUUGAAUAAAGGGCUGAAAAUAUGAGGUUAACAAGUUGCCUA